AUUACACGCCGAUUUCACAGAGGAAAGUCGAUUAGGUCUUCAAUUAUGAAGGCUGCCUGGUUGUAAGCAAGACUAUACGGUCUACUAGCCAUAGUGAUCCAUGGCGUUUCAUGAACUACAUCUCCCAAAAUCCGAAGUCGAGGUUGUUACGUCAUCAGUCGGCGUCGGUAAAUGUUGCUAACGGUUGGAUUACGAUGCGUGGAGGUAAAAAUGAAUAAUGUUUACAUUUUUUUCUGCAAAUAAACAUCACGUCCUGGGUGGUAUUGUUGCCUGGCUUUUAUUUGAUAGUUCGUUUAAAAUGCAAGAUAUGUAAAGGCUUCAGACGUGUUUACAGAAACAGUGAGGAGAAAAGUUGGUAUUGAACAGAAGGACUUGGUGUUGGUUUUUACCUUAUGGAAAUUUGACUGAGGCUUUUAUGAUGACUUUUUGUGUGACUUUAACAGAAAACUGCGCCCCCAUAAACCCCCUAUGUUGUGUUUUCAUGUGCCUUUCUUAUGUUUGCAGGUUGAUAACCUAUAAAGAUGUUUGUGCCCAGAGCUCUUAAAGUGAAGAGACCUGUUCGGACUUCAAGUGAUGUAUUGACUAAGAAAAGCAAAGUAGAGCAGGAGGAGGGAAAGGAUGGAGGUCAUUCGGUUGCACCUGUUCAAAAGGAGGAAGUGUGUGAAGACCUCAAAUCACAAGAUGGAGUAAUACCAACGGGAGGAGACCCUGCUGGUCUGACACAGACUCCAGAAGGUGAAGAUGUUCCCAAGUCAACCUCAGGUGAUUCAGAGGAUGAUGCAGAGGAAGAGGAGCCAGUCAAAUCUUUCAAAAAGAACCAAAGAUGGCCAGAGCCAGGAGAGCCUGUCUGUGUAAUGUGUGGUCGCUACGGGGAGUACAUUUGUGACAGCACCGACAAUGAUGUCUGUAGUCUUGAGUGCAAAGCCAAGCAUUUGGCCCAAAUGGGUAUGGGGACUGGGGCUGAUGUGUUUGACCGUAAGGACACAAAAGGAAAUGAGAGGACUAAAUCUCAGCUGCCAGGUGACCCUGGUGGAGAGGGCAUUAGUGCAGUGAGCUACUCUUAUAGGGAAGAUUCAUUCAUAUCAGGCCUGACAGAAGAGCAGGUGCUGCGGAUCAAGCAGGAGCUGGGCAUCCAAACAGAGGGAAGAGACGUCAGGAGACCUAUAGUUGAGUUUGAUCACUGCGGCUUCCCCGGGACGCUGAAGAGUAACCUGAAAAAGGCCGGCUAUGAGGCGCCCACACCUGUCCAGAUGCAGAUGGUGCCUGUUGGACUCACAGGCAGGGAUGUAAUUGCCAGUGCUGAUACAGGCUCAGGAAAGACAGUAGGCUUUCUCCUACCAGUGGUAGUGAGGGCACUGGAGGUAAAUGACUCAUAUUUAUAUCAAGGUGAAGCUAUUUUUAGGGUACGAGAAACUUCAGCUAUUUCAUCUAGAUGUAACUAAUUUUGUAAAUAGAAAAAAAAAAUUGGCUGGUUCAAUAAAUGUAUUACUAUGCGAAAGAAUAACAAAACAAAGUUAAAAUUCAGCAAAUAAGAGGAAUUGGCCUGUGAAAAUAAUUCAAUCAGUCUGAAGCUAUAAACUGAAAUAUAACUUGUGAUAAACUAACAAUUGAUAAAGUGUAAAAGCUUUUAAUUACUAGCUCCUAAACCCACUAGCAUUUUUGUAGUUGUCAUUAGUAUGGAACUACUAACACAACUAAGCAAAAAUGAGCUUUGUUACAUUAUUGGUGUACAUUUUCUAGAUUUGUUUUUGCUUGUAUGUGGAUUCAGUUACUGUAUUCCUAUGCUCUUUCUUUUUUUAGAAACCAGCACCUAGUGUGAGCAGCCCAGUGGCUCUCAUCCUGACCCCCACCAGAGAGCUGGCCAUUCAGAUUGAGAGACAGGCCAAGGAGCUGGUCAUGGGUCUUCCUAACAUGAGAACUGCACUGCUGGUGGGAGGCAUGCCACUACCGCCUCAGCUCCAUCGCCUGAAAAGCAGCAUCAAAGUGCAGUCUCUGUUUUUACAGUUAUUAUUUCUUAACCAUAAUGAGAAAACCUCUUUAAGAUCUUAACUCUCCACUAUGUCAUUUUCUUCUUUUGUUUAUCUAUCUAGAUAAUCAUAGCCACCCCUGGUCGACUGCUUGAAAUCUUAAAGCAGAAAGCUGUACAGCUGGAUAAUGUGAAGGUUGUGGUAGUUGAUGAGGUAUGAGAACUCUGUGAAUCAGAUUUUGCUUAUUUUGGGGAUUCAUAAAAUUAAUACUAAGAAUUCAUAAAAGUCUGACAUGAAUAUUUACACAAAACCUGUUUUGUCUGUGAUGUAUCCCACAGGUGGACACUAUGUUGAAGAUGGGCUUCCAGCAGCAGGUUCUGGAGGUUUUGGAGCAAGUUCCUGAAGAACACCAGACUCUACUGGUGUCAGCCACCAUUCCAAAGGGGACAGAGGAGCUGGCGACUCGAUUAGUUCGCGACCCUGUCCGUAUUCUCAUUGGGGAAAAGAACCAACCCUGUGCCAAUGUGAGACAGAUCCUGCUCUGGGUAGAGGAACCCUCCAAGAAGAAAAAGCUGUUUGAAAUUGUCAAUGUAAGCCCUACAUUUCUGACUUUUAAAGUGAAUUAGAGAGACUGUCUUUUAAAGCACAGGCCCUUUUUUUCUCUGUGUUUCUGGCUCUUUGAGUUUUGGGUGGAGUAUCACAAGAUCAUUUUAUAUUUUCUUUAAGACGUCAGCAGUUUUCUUUUUUAGUGUAAGAGUGGGUUUAAUUGUUCUCUCGAGAACCAGACAGAGCUUUGGUAAGCACAGAAAAAAGGUGGGUUAUUAUCUUAAUUUUAGUUUAUAGUGGCUUUUUUGUUGGAUACGCACUGGUACCAGCUUGGUAUUUCAUUUACUGGCUGUAUAAAGGUGGUAAUUCCUUACACUGCAAGUCCCAGUCUCCUCACUACACCAUAUUUAGACAGCCAUUGCUGUAGGCCUGGCCCCAGUCUGGAGGAAAUGGGUGGGCCCUUAUCCAUGGCUCCCCUCCAAGAAUCCUAGCAAUGGCUUUCACCGUUUACUCAGGGAGAGACAGGAAGGGUCUGCUUUAGUUUACUGGGUGAAGAAGUGCUGCUGGACCAUUGAGUGAGUAGUGGGAGAUGCUUCUUUUUGUAAAGGAUCCAAAAUUCAGGCAACUUUAUUUAUCCCAGUAGAGUAAUUCGGUUGCAGCCUACCCAUAAAACAACUAAAUACACAGGCAAACAUGGUCAACUGCAGCGUUAAGGCACGCCAUUGGAAACAGAUCUUUUGUAAGGAGGGAAGCUACACAAUAACUUCAUAAGAAGGAAAUAAAACUCUAAAAUGAAGACUUUUUUUCAGUUAGAUGUCUGAUUAGAACAGACUCUCUGAAGGGUCAAUCACUGCUAUCAGCAUUUAGUAGAAAUUCCAAAAGAGUUUUCAGAAGGAGUGGAUGGAGACUGGCAAACCAUUGACACAUGAAAAGAUCAAAACCCAGAAAAGGACUUAGAACAGAGCUAGAACAGCUGUUUCUUAUGAGACAACUCUUAGGGCAUAAUAAAUUUAACAGAAGUCAACAUAUGGAUUGUCUGGGGAAUUUUAGCAAGAAGAAAAGACCUAGAGUUGUUUAUUUUAUUUGGUUUAAUUUACUUCUUUUAUUUAUCCUAUGUACAACACUUUGAAUGACUGCUGUCUUCUUAAAGGUGCUUGAUAAAUAAACCUUGACUUGACUUUAGCCACCACUAUACAUUGUAAUUCCCACAUGUUGCUGUUAUUGGCUGGGCUGUCUUGGCUGCCAUCUGCUGGAGCUGACUGCUGCUUAAAGCCAAUUCAUAAAUCUGAGUAAACAGCCAGUGACAGUACAAAUAGUGAAUUAAUCCUUUUAAAGAUUUACUUAAAGUCCUGGAUGUAAGAAUGUAUAGAUGUUACUUAUAAUUAAAAAAUAAAAUCUCAUCCUGUUCUUGUUUGUCUCGGCUUUUUAGGACAGUAAGCUGUACCAGCCUCCAGUGGUGGUGUUUGUCGACUGUAAACUGGGGGCUGAUUUGCUAUGUGAGGCGGUCGCCAAGGUGACAGGGCUUAAUACUGUGGCAAUCCACUCUGACAAGAGCCAGUGGGAACGCAACCGCAUCCUCAGGGUGAGGCCUGACGCUGCCAGAGCAGUCACACAGUGAAGUGCUCAACAAUGUGUAUCAUCACAUUAUAAAGCUUAUUUCACAUAGCUGAGAGUCUGUAGUUUCCAUGAGCUGGGACUUAACACUUUUUGUAGAUGUAUGAAAAAGAAGGGUAUUCUCCGUUUCCAUCUCCUCACAUUACUGUAGUUUUAUCUGCAUUAAGGGGUUGUAAAAGUUGGAUUGUAUUUUAGAUAUAUUCUGUAUAUCUUUACAAUGGUUUCUCAUACUCUAAUACUCUGCUAUUAUUUUUAGUCAUUGUCUGACAGUGUCAUUUUUCCUUUUAUUUUUUAGGGUCUUCUGGAUGGAGACUUUGAAGUGGUGAUCAGUACAGGUGUGCUGGGCAGAGGUCUAGACUUGGUCAAUGUGAGGCUGGUGGUUAACUUUGAUAUGCCAAACACAAUGGAUGAAUAUGUACAUCAGGUUAGUAAUAUCCAAGUUGGCUCUAAGUUUAAAGUUAGAUGUUUAUGUUGGUCUGCAUUAUUGUCUCCCACAAUUGUUUUAUUCCUGAAUUUGUCUCCAUCCAGGUGGGCAGAGCAGGGCGGCUAGGACACAGAGGAACAGCCAUCACCUUUCUCAACAACAACAACAAGCGUCUCUUCCUGGAGGUGGUAAACCGGGUCAAACCCACAGGCUCGAUUCUUCCUCCUCAGCUCUUGAACUCACCACACCUUCAUGAGCAGCAGAGGAGGCAGAAACAGAAAGCCAAGCAGGGGGCUGAUGAUGUGCUGGUCACCAAGAGCAAUCUACUUGACAUCAUAAAGAAACAUGACCGUCGGAAAAAGUAGAACAUUUGUUUAAUAUCUCCCGUAAUUGUACUUUGUAUUUAAUGAGUAACUACUACGUUUUUACUUUGUAUGUUCUUUUCUUUUUCAUUUGAAUGUUUUCCAAAUAAAUGUCUUGUGUUAUCAUGUUUGACAGCUUAUUAGUGGCUUUCCCACUGAAAGACAAUCUUUCCAGGAUUCACUCGUGUCUUUACUGAAUCCAUCCUUUAAAAAAAGAUCUCUAAUGAGUGAUUAAACUCUAUUUCAUACUUUGCAUUCCCCCUUUAGGUCAGGAGAGUAACAUUUUUAGUGAUUUCGGUUAACUUUGGUUGUUUCUUUUCCAACAGAAACUUAAAUUCACUGGAAAACUUUACUUCAUGAGUUUGUACUGUCUUUUUGCCAGGUGUGUACUCCAGUAAAAAUACUGUUACUGCAAUUUUGCUUCGAUAGUAAUAAAAUUACCAGCCUGUCAAUCUACUCAAGUAAAGGUAAAAAAGGACUUAAUGUAAUGUAUGUUUUCCACCCCAGCAUUAAAAGUAAAGUUAAUGAGA